AUGCAGUUCAAAGUGGUCGGGCUUCUUCUAGCCUUUGGGGCUUUGUCCCAAGCAGCGUUCAACCAAGGGGCACUCAACGCGUUCAACCACAAGAACCUUCGCCAUCACGACGAAAAGCGUGAUUUCGCUCCUCUAGAGAGCCCUACGCUCAGUAAGAGGAAGCAUUCCAGGUUCCUCAACAAGCACACCAAGAAAUUUGUUGUCAAUGGCACCGGCAUCCCAGAUGUUCCUUUCGAUAUCGGCGAGUCCUAUGCGGGCUUGCUUCCCAUCUCACAGUCAAAACAUGAAAAGAGAGAGCUGUAUUUCUGGUUUUUCCCGAGUACCAACCCUCAUGCGGGCGACGAAGUUGUCAUCUGGUUGAACGGAGGACCGGGCUGCAGCUCUCUUAGUGGCAUGUUGACUGAGAAUGGCCCCUUCUUGUGGCAAGAUGGUACUCUUGCUCCAGUCCCAAACUCUUAUAGCUGGACAAAUCUUACCAAUGUUAUUUGGAUUGAACAGCCAGUUGGAGUUGGCUUCAGCCAGGGCACACCCAAUAUCACAAAUGAAGUAGAGCUUGGCCUCGAGUUCAUUGGUUUCUGGCGUAAUUUCAUUGAUGCAUUUGAGCUACACGGCGCAACGACGUACAUCACCGGCGAAUCGUACGCGGGAUAUUACAUCCCCUACAUUGCCGAUGCUUUCAUCACCGCAAAGGACGAUACGUACUACAAGCUCGGCGGCGUUGCUAUCAAUGAUCCCAUCAUUGGAGAUGGUACAUUGCAGCAACAGGCAGUCAUCUUCCCUUUCAUCGAGUACUGGUCAAACCUGCUCAAUCUGAACGAGUCUUACACAAAUGCCCUGCGCUGGACUCACGAGCACUGCAACUACUCAACCUAUCUCGAGCAGUACGGAACUUUCCCACCACCAAAGGGACCUUUCCCGACACUCCCAGAUCCCUACGCAGAUCCGUCUGGCAACUAUACUUGCGAUAUAUUCGACUAUGCCUAUGCCGCCGCGAUAGAUGCCAACCCCUGCUUCAACAUCUACCACAUCACUGAUACCUGUCCUUUCACUUACUCGCAACUGGGAAUUGUCAAUCAGGGCGACUACUCCCCGCCCAAUGCUCAAGUCUACUUCAAUCGCACAGAUGUCCAAGAUGCAAUCAACGCGCCUCACGUUGACUGGUACCAAUGUACGCCAUUGAAUGUGUUUGGUGACGGAAAAGACAAUUCAAAUGCCUCUGAUACCUCCAAUGCACCUGCGCAAACCGACGUGGUCCGCCGCGUUAUCGAGCAUACCAACAACACCAUCAUCGGCGUCGGCCGUCUUGAUUUCCUCCUGCCCCCCAACGGCACACUUUUCGCGCUACAGAACACAACCUGGAACGGUGCCCAAGGAUUCCAGAAAUACCCGCAGGACAAUGACUUUUACGUGCCUUUUCACCCAGAGUACAACAGCGGAAGACUGAGCGAAGCUGGCAUUGUUGGCAACUGGGGCCGUGAGCGUGGGCUUACGUACUACGAGGUUCAAUUGGCUGGUCAUGAGCUGCCUGGAUACACUGCGGGAGCCGGAUAUCGGGUGUUGGAGCUUCUGUUGAAGCGCAUCAAGAACUUGGGAGCUAUUGAGGAUUUCACAACCCAGAAGGGAGAUUUCCAGGGAAACAGCUCGGUGAAGUACCAUCCCGAAUUUUAG